UAAGAAAACAUGACAAAUACAUCUGAAUGGGUUGGCAACAUAAAUUCAUCAGGAUUCACAGACUUUGAACCGUGUGUCAGUUUGAGAAGCACAAUAUCGAAAAUAGUUCUGUAUUUAUUCAUUAUAGCUGUGAUAACUUGCACUGUCGUUGGUAAUUUUUUGCUGGUCCUGGCCAUUGCUUACUUUAAACAACUGCACUCCCCAACCAACUCAUUUGUGCUGUCACUGGCUAUUGCAGACUUCCUCGUUGGCCUCACAGUUAUGCCCUACAGCAUGAUCAGAACGAUUGAAGGAUGCUGGUACUUUGGAUCCAUUUUCUGUCGAAUCCACUCAAGCCUGGACGUGAUGCUAUGCACAGCCUCAAUCUUUCACUUGAGCUGCAUUGCGUUUGAUCGCUACUACGCCGUUUGCAAUCCCCUGGUAUAUGGAUUCAAAAUGUCCAAAUGGAGGGUUACAGUUCUUAUUGUCAUCUGCUGGAUUGUCCCUCUAUUGAUAUCUUUUGCUCCUAUCAUGCUAGGACUUCCUGAGAUUGGCAUUGAAAACCAACUACCAAGCAAUGAAUGCUACUUCUUAGUCAAUCAAGUGUACGCUGUUACGGCCUCCUUUGUUGCCUUUUAUCUACCUAUGUUUAUUAUGCUUAUUGCAUACUGGAAGAUCUACAAGGUAGCUCGGAGACAAGCAAUGCAAAUAAACGCAGUGGAGAAGCAGAUGAACCUUCAGAGCUCCGAUCCAGGUGCCACCAGGAAGCCAAGGCAUAAAAGCUCCCUGAAACGGGAGAAAAAGGCAGCGAAAACUCUUGGGAUCAUCAUUGGAACCUUCCUUGUUUUCUGGUUGCCUUUCUUCAUGAUGAACAUCAUUGAUCCCUUUGUAGAGCACCAGGCAGACAUGGUUUUGUGGGAAGUGUUUUUAUGGCUUGGUUACGUGAAUUCCUCCAUGAAUCCUUUCCUGUAUGGUUUCUUCAACAGGUCGUUCAGAAGGGCAUUCGUCAUCAUCAUCGGUUGUAAAAUCUGCAUUCCUGGAUCUUCACCCAACACUGACCUUUCCAACACCAAAGGCAAUGAACGGACAACAAAGACUUCUCAUCACAAUUAAUACUUUUUCUGUUUCUAUUUUAUUUUCGUUGUGGUCAAGAAAGUCUACUCAAGAUAAGUCUACAA